GCCCCCUCCCCCAGACUGAGCUGUGGCUGCAGUGCGGGAUUCGCCAGUGUGAGGUCGGGAGUUACCCGAAGUACACCCGCGGGGGGGCCCACGAGACUGUAAACACCCGCGGGGGUCCAGAGUGGCACGAGUGUACCCCGGGGAAGCUAUAGUUUUCGGCGUACGCCCGCAGAGAGGGGGAACAAAGAGAGCCGCGUACACCCGCGAGGAUCUUGCUACACCCGUCUGGAUAUACCCGCUGGAUACAGAGAGCGGUGACUCGGAUCUUCUACUAGCGGGUGUCGUGUGUGCGGGUCACCCAGACAUGCUGGGGCUGGCGGGCUCCGUGCUGCUGCUGCUGCUGGUGGCGGGUGUCGGAGGACUGGAAGAAACUCUCUUGGACACUCGAUGGACUACGUCGGAGCUAGCAUGGGUUACAUAUCCUGAAUCUGGAUGGGAAGAAGUAAGUGGCUAUGACGAUGCAUCAAAUCCAAUUCGGACUUACCAAGUGUGUAAUGUACAGAUGUUGAACCAGAACAACUGGCUAAGGACACAGUUCAUUCCCCGCCAGGAUGUACAGCGUGUCUAUGUUGAGCUAAAAUUCACUGUGCGUGAUUGUAACAGCCUUCCAAAUAUACCCGGAUCCUGCAAGGAGACCUUUAACCUAUUUUACUAUGAGUCCGACAGUGACUCUGCCUCUGAGAACAGUCCCUCCUGGAUGGAAACGCCAUAUAUUAAGGUGGAUACCAUUGCGCCCGAUGAGAGCUUUUCACGACGUGAUUCUGGCCGGGUCAACACUAAAGUACGGAGCUUUGGGCCUCUGUCCCGUGCUGGGUUUUAUCUUGCUUUUCAAGACUUGGGUGCCUGUGUUUCUUUAAUUUCAGUGCGUGUUUUCUAUAAGAAGUGUCCACAGACAAUAGCAGGAUUUGCUAGUUUUCCAGAGACUCUGACAGGUGCUGAAGCCACCUCAUUGGUUAUAGCUCCUGGUUCCUGUGUACCUAAUGCCCUGGAAGUUUCUGUCCCACUCAAGCUCUAUUGCAAUGGAGAUGGAGAGUGGAUGGUACCGGUGGGUUCCUGUACAUGUGCAGCAGGAUAUGAAGCAGCCGCAAAGGACACACAGUGUCUAGCCUGCAACCGUGGCACAUACAAGUCAAAGCAGGGAGAAGGGCCCUGUAUUCCAUGUCCUGCUAAUAGCCGAGCCACGUCUUCUGCAGCCACCAUCUGCUCUUGUCAGAUAAGUUAUUACAGAGCUGAUAGCGAGACUGCAGAGAAACCGUGCACAUCUGUGCCUUCAGCACCAAAACAUGUGAUUUCCAAUGUCAAUGAGACUUCCGUCCUCCUAGAGUGGGGAGAACCUGCUAAUCUUGGUGGUCGAGAAGAUAUAUUUUAUAACGUGAUUUGUAAAAAGUGCACAGAACGGGUGUGCUCUCGCUGUGAUGAUAACGUUCAGUUUUGGCCACGCCAGCUUGGAGUUACCCAGCGACUUGUCUCGGUCAGUCAUCUCCAGGCUCACACGAAAUACAGUUUUGAAAUCCAGGCAGUUAAUGGAGUGUCAAGCAAGAACCCCCACCCUCCAAAUUAUUAUUCUGUGAAUAUUACAACCAACCAAGCAGCCCCUUCAGCAGUUCCUGUUGUACAAUCUCUUGGCAGCUCUGCAAAUUCUCUCUUUUUGUCCUGGGCUCCACCCGAGAGUCCCAAUGGCAUCAUUUUGGAUUAUGAGAUCAGAUAUUAUGCAAAGGGUCACAGUGGCGCAGGAAACACAGUGACCAGUCAGCACACAGAUGUUCGUAUGGAGGGCUUGCUUGCACACAGUGUAUAUGUGGUACAAGUCCGUGCUCGUACAGUAGCUGGAUAUGGUGCAUACAGUGAUCCAGUGGAGGUCCGGACAGUAGCUGAGGAUGGGGAUCGGAGCAGUCUACAGGAGAAGGUCCCGAUGAUUGUUGGCUCUGUGACAGCUGGGCUCAUUUUUAUAAUUGCAGUGGUCGUUAUUGUAAUAGUUUGUUUCAGAAAACAGAGGAAUGACCCUGAAUCUGAGUACACAGAGAAGCUUCAGCAAUACAUGGUUCCUGGCAUGAAGCUGUAUAUUGAUCCAUUCACUUAUGAGGAUCCUAAUGAAGCUGUGCGAGACUUUGCUAAAGAAAUUGACAUUUCGUGUGUGAAGAUUGAAGAAGUGAUUGGCGCAGGUGAGUUUGGAGAGGUUUGUCGUGGAAGACUGAAACAGGCGGGACGCCGAGAACAGCUGGUGGCAAUCAAGACCCUUAAAGCAGGCUACACGGAACAACAGAGACGUGAUUUUUUAGGUGAAGCAAGUAUUAUGGGACAGUUCGAUCAUCCAAACAUCAUACGAUUGGAAGGAGUUGUGACCAGAAGUCGGCCAGUGAUGAUCCUUACAGAGUUUAUGGAGAAUGGGGCACUUGAUUCUUUCCUGAGGAUGAACGAUGGACAAUUCACGGUUAUCCAGCUAGUGGGAAUACUACGUGGUAUUGCAUCUGGCAUGAAGUAUUUGUCGGAAAUGAAUUAUGUUCAUCGUGAUCUUGCUGCUCGUAACAUCUUGGUGAACAGCAACCUUGUCUGUAAAGUCUCUGACUUUGGCCUGUCAAGAUUCCUGGAGAACAGCCGAUCGGACCCUACUUAUACCAGCUCUUUGGGAGGGAAAAUACCUAUUCGGUGGACUGCUCCAGAAGCAAUCUCUUAUCGAAAGUUCACAUCUGCAAGUGAUGUUUGGAGUUAUGGCAUUGUCAUGUGGGAAGUAAUGUCAUAUGGUGAGAGACCAUACUGGGACAUGUCAAAUCAAGAUGUUAUUAAUGCUGUGGAGCAGGAUUAUCGUCUACCACCUCCAAUGGACUGUCCCUCUGCUCUACAUCAGCUUAUGCUUGACUGCUGGCUCCGUGAUCGUAACCUGAGACCUAAAUUUUCACAGAUAGUCAGUUCUUUGGACAAGUUAAUACGCAAUGCAGCCAGUUUAAAAGUGACCAGUCCAACACAAGCAGGUAUGUCUCAGCAGCUUCUAGACCGUACAGUUCCAGAUUAUACAACUUUUCCCACUGUGAGUGAUUGGUUGGAGGCAAUCAAGAUGGGCCAGUAUCAGGAGAACUUUAUGAGUGCUGGAUUCACCUCCUUCCAUUUGGUUGCUCAGAUGACAGCUGAGGAUUUGCUCCGUAUCGGGGUGACGUUAGCUGGUCAUCAAAAGAAGCUUCUCAAUAGUGUCCAAGACAUGAGGCUGCAGAUGAGCCAAACUCUUCCCGUCCAGGUGUGACAUGACCACACCUUGAGACAAAGCUCUUCAUAUUGAAGAAGAAAUUAUAUGGACUUGAUAGGGCUCUACGGGAGCUCAAGGAUGCACAAGAGAGAGAUCAUGGAUAGUGAUGGGGUUUUGAGUGGAGUCACAGUUCCUUUUGCACAAAAGAACUCACAGCUCACUUCAUUGUGAUCUGCUGCUGUAUGCUGGACAAAUUGUGUUGUAGUUAAUGCUUACAACAUGAAUACAUUUGUGUGAGUGACGUAUGAAUGUGAAUAGAUGUAGUACAUGGUAUGUGUAUGAUUGUGAGCAGUCUAAGGGUAAGCAGAGGAGCAUUUGAGAGUACAAGAAAGGCAAUAUAUAUUAGUGUCUUCCACUUGCAUCAAAACCUCUUGGACUGUAAUAAAGGUGCAGGGUUGCAGAGCUAGCUAUUUGUUUUAUUCUGUAUGUAUCUAUGACAGAUAAUCCCCAAGUCCUCCCACUCUUUAGUUUAAGCCUGCAUGAAGAAGUAUACAGUGCCUGUGCACAUCUACAGAAGUGAGGUUGAACGGAGACCUUUCUGAGUGGGUUCCUGUGAUGAUGGAUGUAUUGGCCAAUCAGUUCUUAAUCCGAUUGUUCAUUAACACGAUACACUCCUUGGUACUAUUAUGUCUGUGAAGAAAGGCCUGCCAAUGCCUAGUAGAGGAAGCCGUACCGUACAGCUCACUCACUUCUAUUUUAUGCCAUGUUAUCCUGCUUAUUAACACACCCUUCUUUCUCUGGCAUUUCCCAUCUCCUUCACACCCCCAUGCCCCCCAUCCUCCUCCAUUUUCACAUUACUUUCCAGCUUCUGCUUACUGUUCUUUUACUUAGGAUAUUCUUUUCUUCGUUUCCACCCCCUUCCUGCAACCAUAUUAUGCUCUUUAUUUUGUGAGUAUACUCACGUUUUCAAUGAUAUGGGGAUGUGUUCAGAAUGGAAAAUGUCAUCAUAACUUUACAUUUUAUAAUUUUUUUUAAGAAAUACUUUUUCAAUUAAAUUAUUUAAGAAAAAUACACUUUGUAUUUGUAUU